AUGCAUAUGCACAUGCCUGUCCCAAGCCUGUCUCAUGCUGCCCCAUGCCUUGAGGGGACGAGCCAGAUUCGUUAUAAAACCCGUACCUGCAGCAAUAACGGAGAUGCUUGCGAGCUUGCGGUUGGACAGCCGUUUCGGCCGGCCCUCAAACAGCGGGCUGUGAUCACCGCCGUCGUUGCUGCUGGGACUGAACGCGUCGCGUUCGUCCCGCUCUUCCCGUUGAACGCAGUCAACGCGUUCAACGCGCCCAGCGAGUUCUCCGCGUUCUCCGCCCGCGCCGCGCCCAUCACGAUCCGCCAUAGUCGUUACGCGUCUACACUAUCGUUGUAUUUUGGCGUCUCUUGUUCCGGAACAUUUACCUGCCCGUUGUCUGCGGACAUUAUGCGAGAUCCUGUGAUUAUAGCGUCCGGGCUGACGUACGAGCGUGCUUUUAUCGAGCAGUGGUUUGCGGAAGGCCACAUGACGUGUCCUAAAACGCGUCAACGGGUAGAGCAUACUAACCUAUGUCCUAAUGUAGCCGUUAAGAAGAUGAUUACUGACUGGUGCUUAGCGAAUCGCAUCACAUUAGCGCCUUUGGAACCGCCCCCGUCUCUCGACGCGGUAAGGGGAUACGCGGGGGAAGGCCGCGGAAGGGGGGGCGGAAGCAGCGGUAGCGGAAGGCGGCCUCCUUCCGCCAAAUCUUCUGCGGACCGGCAGCGGCCGCGCGGAGAAAGCCGCAGCAGUAGUCGAAAGGCGGAAGCGGAGGAAGAGCAGGCGGAAGGGGGAGGGAUGGAGCGGCGGAACUCGUAUGACCGUGGAAGCGAGGACGAGCGCAGCAGCAAGAGCAGCGUGAAGAAGAAAGGGACUGAUAGGGACAAGAGGGAGGAUGAUGUGCCGGCGGCGGAAGCGGAACGCGGUGACGAGAAAGACCGAGGAAUGGCGGCGCCCGCGAAAGGGCACGGGCGGGCGCAGGCCGGGAAUGAGAGAGAUCGGCACCAUGACACGUGGUCUGACUCGGAGGAUCAGGAUGAGGAGCCGCAUGCUGACGUGGCAGGCGGCAGGAAAAAGGACAAGGGCGCCUCCGCAGCGGGAAAACCGUCCGCAACGUCGACGUCGGGGAAGGCGCGGAAGCCGGUAGGGCGGAACGCUAGUUGGGGUGCGCAACCCGCGCAAUUACUAGACUCUGGCGGGAGUAGGGUCGACGCGCUGCUGUCGGGGGGAAGGGAGGCGCACGAGGGGAGCAGCGAAGGAUCCGGACGUAGAUUAAAGGAGCGCGCGGAAAAGGCGGAGGCGGGGUCGGCGCGGAGAGGCGGCGCGAUGUCUCUGGGUACGACCCCCGAGCAUCCGAAGCGCGGGAUAUUAAAAGGUGGGAGUUCCAGGGAGUUUGGCACUAGCAGGAGCGUCGCCAGUGCUUCCGCCGUCGGCGCGGACAGUUCCCCGAUGCGCAUGCGCCGCGGCAUGCGCGGCGGGUCGCUGUCCGGGCGGCACGACGUGUUUGCUGAUGACAGCGGCGGCUUCGAGAACAGCCGGAAGCGGUUCGGCGGGCACGAAAUGGACAUCACGGCCCUAGCGCACGUGAAGGUCACGCGGAAGGAGCGCGCGCGGCUGAUGGAGCUGGCGGCGCAGCAGCAGGGUGGCGGAAGCGCCAUGGGCGGAACGGGGGGCUCUAGCGGGCGCUUCAGCGCGGCCGUUCUAGGGCUCGAUUUGACUCCGGACCACGAUGAGAACGGAGGGGGGAGCGGAGGCGCAAGCACGGCGGGAGACCUCCCCAGCGGCCCGCCUUCCCCCAUGCCGUCCCCCAAUGGCGGAACCUCCUUGUCGUGCGCACGCCCAUGGCUUCCGCCAGUUCCUCCCCCAUCAUGUCCCGCCAGGGCAGUCAGCGGGAGUCCGCCAGCGGGGGAAUUGCGGGCGGGGGGAGGGUUUGGGGUGAGCGUGCAUGCGCUGCGCGCGCGUGUCAUGGAGCUGGGGAAGGGCUCCGCGGGGGACCUGGAAAGCGGGGGCGGGGAGGGCGGAGGGGGAGGGGGAGCGGCGGAAGGGGAGCACAGGUUCGGGGAGCAUUCGCGCACAAAGACGUGGGGAGGGGCGGCCCUAGCGGCGCUACAAGGGGAAGCUGGGGGAGGUGGCGGGAAAAGCAGGGAGGAGAAGCUUGGAUCUGGAGAGGACGAAAACGGGUAUGGGCACACUAGCAGCAGGGGAGGGUUGGGCGGAGCAGGGAAAGGAAGGCCGGGGAGUAGGGGAGGCGCAGGGAGUGGGGGAGAGGGGGGAGUGGGGACUGCUGGAGGGGAGCAGGAGGGGGAGCGGGAGGGGCGGGCGGAGGGGCGGGGGCGGAGGGGUUGCCGGGGGGGGGUAAUAGUAGGGGAUCACAGCGUGGGUUUGGUGAUGGGCGGGAGUGGUAAAGAGCGGUACGUAAGUGCGUCAUUCGGUUCUGUGGUUCGUCCUGCCAGCGCAGACACCCACAGGCGCAACAGAAGCGUGGGAUGGAACCUUCUAGACCCUCUGGCGAACCCAGGGGGAGCGGCAGCACCAGGAGCGGGAGCAGGAUUGGAGGGGGCACCAGGAGGGGGAGGAGGAGGGUUAGGUGUGGACCUGGGAUUUGAUCCUGAUGAGCUGGCGGCGCAGCUAGGAGCACGAUUCUCGCAGUUAGCUGAAGAUCUGAGGAGUGGGUCGCGGAGUAAGAGAAUUGCAGCAGCACGGACGAUCAGAAUAGACGUGAAGGGGCAGGGAGAGGCAGAGAUACCCGUAGCCCGGAAGCAGCUGGUGCGUGCCGGGGUGAUUAAAGCCCUUGUAGCUGUGAUCAAGCGCGAGGGCGCGGCGGGAGAGGGCGACGGAGAAGGGGAAGGGGAGAAAACCGCGAGGUUGGAGGAGCUAGAUCAAGUGGCAGCAGCGAUUCUCGCGCUUGCUUUACACUGGGCUGCCGCACCUGAUCUUGCGCGGGCUGGUACCAUCCCUGCUCUAGUCCAGGUCUUGAAGCAAGGCUCUCAAUCAGCCAAAGCUGCUGCCGCGGCAACGAUGUAUGUGUUGGCGAAAGAGGAUGACUUUCGGGGGGCGGUAAGGCAAUCGGGAGCCGUGCCGCUGCUGCUGACGGUGAUCAAGGAGGGGACGCCAAGGGGGAGGAAGGACGCGGCUCUAGCGCUGUUUGCUAUUUCGCUGUCGACGCGAGGAGCCAAGGAGGUGGUUUCGGCGGGGGCGAUUCCUGUUCUGCUGGAUGUGAUCGGGCAGGAGGAGGAUCUGCCCGGGCUGGAAGAAAAGGCCGUCGCGGUGCUGCUGAAUCUUUCGCGGCUGCCCGAGGGUUUGUGA